AAGGUUGGUAGCGGCAACUCGCCAGCUUCCCGCGCUCCAACUCUACCCUCGUCGGGUAUUCUGCCCUCGGCUGGCUCACUUCUUCUGAUUCUCUCCGCCGGCCGGGAGCUCCCCCUCCGGGCUGCGCUGAGGUGGCAGCCUGCAGGGUUGGCGACAGCGCGGGGGAGAGGGGCGGCUGCUUGCAAUCCUCCCGCCCACGUGCACCGACGGCAGCGAAGCACCAGCAGUCGCCAGGCCCGCGCUUGCCGCGGGUGGGUGCUUCACCUCUGGGGCUGGAGGGAGACCGUAACUCGAGCCCCACCGUCGGGACCUCUAUUUGCAUAACCCGACACCCCCCCUUUCUUCUCGACCCAGGCUGGAGAUGAGAGUCGGGCUCCCCUCCGAGGCGUCGUCUUGCCUGUGGUCAGCGCGAGGGCCGCGGGACCGGCCGGAGCGCAGGCGGAGCGGGCUGACGCACGUGCUGCCUGACAAUCUCUACCCGGUGGAAGACCUCGCCGCCCCGUCGGUGACCAUCUUCCCCAAUGGUGAACUGGGAGGCCCCUUUGACCAGAUGAACGGAGUGGCUGGAGAUGGCAUGAUCAACAUUGACAUGACUGGAGAGAAGAGGCCCUUGGAUCUCCCGUAUCCUAGUAGCUUUGCUCCCAUCUCUGCGCCUAGAAACCAGACCUUUACUUACAUGGGCAAAUUCUCCAUUGACCCCCAGUACCCUGGUGCCAGCUGCUACCCAGAAGGCAUCAUCAAUAUUGUGAGCGCAGGCAUCUUGCAAGGGGUCACCCCUCCAGCGUCAACCACAGCCUCAUCCAGCAUCACCUCUGCUUCCCCCAACCCGCUGGCCGCAGGACCUCUGGGUGUGUGUACCAUGUCUCAGACCCAGCCUGAAUUGGAUCACCUCUACUCUCCACCACCCCCUCCUCCUUAUUCGGGCUGUACAGGAGAUCUCUACCAGGACCCUUCAGCAUUCCUGUCGCCACCCAGCACUUCCACUUCCUCUCUGGCCUAUCAGCCACCUCCUUCUUAUCCAUCUCCGAAGCCAGCCAUGGACCCAGGUCUCCUUCCUAUGAUCCCAGACUAUCCUGGAUUUUUUCCAUCUCCAUGUCAGAGAGAUCCCCAUGGUUCUGCCGGCCCUGAUCGAAAGCCAUUUUCCUGCCCUCUGGACUCCCUGCGGGUACCCCCUCCGCUCACUCCACUCUCAACCAUCCGUAAUUUUACUCUGGGGGGUCCCAGUGCUGGGGUCACAGGACCCGGGGCAAGCGGAGGCAGCGAGGGACCCCGACUGCCUGGCAGUGGCUCUGCAGCAGUGACUGGUACCCCCUACAACCCGCAUCACCUGCCUUUGCGGCCCAUCCUGCGACCUAGAAAGUACCCUAACAGGCCCAGCAAAACGCCAGUGCACGAAAGGCCCUACCCUUGCCCAGCAGAAGGUUGUGACAGGAGGUUCUCACGCUCUGAUGAGCUGACCCGGCACAUCCGAAUCCACACGGGCCACAAGCCUUUCCAGUGUCGGAUCUGCAUGCGAAACUUCAGCCGAAGUGACCACCUCACCACUCACAUCCGCACCCACACCGGGGAGAAGCCCUUUGCCUGUGACUAUUGUGGCCGCAAGUUUGCCAGGAGCGACGAAAGGAAGCGCCACACCAAGAUCCAUCUUCGACAGAAGGAGCGAAAGAGCAAUGCUCCUUCUUCGUCUGCGCCUGCCCAGUCUUCAGCCUCUGGUCCUGGAGGAUCUCAGGCAGGGGCCAGCCUGUGCAGUAACAGCACCAUUGGAGGACCACUGGCGCCUUGCACUUCUCGGACCAGGACACCAUGAAAUGAAGCGCCAGCCGACACCAGUUUCUCCAUGCCCCAGAGGC